AUGCCUGUCAUCUCACGACUCUUUUCUGUUAUCCUGCGUGUCGCAGAACUAGCUUGUGCUACCGUCGUUGCCGGUAUCAUCGGAUACUAUCUUCACGAAUGGACCAACGACCACCUCGACGCCUGGGCGGAAGGCCGCUGGAUUUACACCGAAGUGGUAGCGGGCCUAUCUCUUCUACUGGGCCUACUCUGGUUGAUACCAUUUGCGCAUACCUUUUUCAUCUGGCCCAUUGAUAUAAUUCUCUCGCUCGCUUGGUUCGCCUCAUUCGGCCUUUUAGUCAAUGCCUUGGGCGACAUCAAUUGCGGUGGCGCUUUCAGCUGGGGUGGAAUCACUCACAAUGACAUCUGUGGUCGCUGGAGAGCAGCCGAGGCUUUCAGCUUCUUGUCUGCCAUUUUCUGGCUUGUGUCUGGUAUUCUGGGCAUUUACUUUGUCUGGCGUGUGGAUCGCCGCAGUGCUCGUCGCGGAAACUACGUCUAUGGACGGUACCAGGUCUAA